UAUUAAGUAGAUCACGUUGGUUUGGUUACAAAUUGACUCUAAACUGUGACAAAUCCAAUAUAGCAGCAGAAGCUUAAGAGAUCGCGACAACUCAAACGAGAAGACGAGAUACAACAAUUAAGAUUGCGUGAGUGUAUUGGCCCUCAUCUUGCUCGUUUGUUUAGACGUAAUGGAUUUCGACCGCGUUCAUUCACAAGAAAGCUCUCCUCAACUCGACGACGAAACAUACAAGUUCGAGGCUGGUAGUAAGCAUGGAAUUAAAGCUCUUAUGAUGAUGGACGACUUAAGAAAACGUCAGCAGCUAUGCGAUGUUACGAUCUGCGUGGGAAACAAACAACUGCCCGUGCAUCGCAUAGUUUUAUCCUCAUUUAGUUGUUAUUUCCUCACCAUGUUUACCAGCGGUAUGGCCGAGAGCUAUGAGGAAAGUAUAACCAUUAACGAUGUCGAUUGUAGAGCUGUUGAACUUCUCAUCGAUUAUGCUUACACCGGAAAGCUCGAUAUCACAGUGGACACGGUUCAGUCUCUGCUCUUUGCAAGCUCAUUAUUUCAAGUGUCCGCAAUCCAGAAAGCUUGUUCAGAUUUUCUACAUCGACAACUUCACCCUUCAAAUUGUUUAGGGAUCCGUUCGUUUGCCGAUACACAUUCCUGCACUGGAUUGUUUAAAGCAUCGGAGAAAUACAUACACGAGCAUUUUAACGACGUAGUACAGAACGAAGAAUUUCUGCUUCUCCCUCCCAACGAGUUGGCCUUGUUGUUGACCUGUGAAGAUCUAAAUGUGAAUUCUGAGGAGGACGUGUACAACGCGUUGAUUGCAUGGGCGAGGGAAAAUGUUGAGGAGAGGCAAUCGUUCUUAGCUGAGCUUCUUGGAAAAGUUCGCCUGCCGUCGCUCUCACCUCACUUUCUAGUGGAUCAAGUGGAAAAAGAAGACCUUAUUCGUCAAGACAUCGCAUGCAGGAAUCUUUUAGACGAAGCAAAGAAUUUUCACAUGCUUCCCGAUAGGAGAAGCAAGCUCAGAGGUGAAAAAUCGCGACCAAGAAGAUCUACCUACGGAAGUUUAUACAGUGUUUGUGGAAUGGACUCGACAGGUCAUCCUGUGAAAACUGUGGAAAAGUAUGACUUCCACAGUGGCAAGGUGAAGUUGGUUACACCUGUCAACACUCCUCGCAGUGGAGUGGGUGUUGCUGUACUUGAUGGAAAGAUAUAUGCUGUAGGCGGUCAUGAUGGAACAACCUAUCUGAAUAGUGUGGAAUGCUAUGAUAUCAGGACAAAGCAAUGGAAGUAUGUUGCAUCCAUGGCUCAUCCGCGUCGUUAUGUUGCAGCCGCAGCCUUGGAUGGCCUUCUGUAUGCUGUCGGUGGCUAUGAUGGUUUUUCAGUUCUUGACUCUGUUGAAGUGUAUGAUCCCAGGCUGGACCAAUGGAAACCUGUUACUAAUAUGGCCAAUCCCAGAAGACAUGUUGCUGUGGGUGUUUUGGAUACAAAGGAUUCAAACAGAGACAGUUCUGAACCAGGGUAUCUGUAUGCUGUUGGCGGUCAUGAUGGAAUCAACUACUUAAAAACAGUAGAGAAGUACAACCCAGAGACAAAUGAAUGGACUUGUGUGGCAUCCAUGGGUGCACGGAGGGGUGGAGUGGGCGUGGCAACUCUUGGAGGAUGUUUGUAUGCUACUGGGGGCUAUGAUGGAGCCUCUAACCUGAAUACAUCGGAACGCUAUUACCCAGAGGAAGAUAGAUGGGCAUUUGUGGCUCCCAUGAGUGUAUGUCGCAGUGGACAUGGUGUAGGAGUUGUCAAUGGUUGUCUGUAUGCUCUGGGUGGCCACGAUGGAGUGUCGUACCGAAACAAAGUAGAAUACUUCAACCCUCAAGUUGGUGAAUGGACGGCUGUUGGCCUUAUGGGAAGUAGCAAAGCUGUUGCAGGUGUUGCUGUCUUAAAAGAAUACUAGACUCUUUGCCUUGAGUCAUUCAACUAUAUUUCAGAAAUUUUUGUUCUUCAUAAAUGAAAUGAAUUCAUCAUGCUAUGCAUGUGAUGUUUUGAGGAGAAAUUUAUUUUAUUAUUAAUUUAUGAAUAUUUCAUAAUUUAUGAAUAAUUUCACAUUCAUUUGGCACAUUUGCAAAGAUGAUGUGACCAUCAUUUAAAUGAUUUAGUAUCAUUUAGGAUUAACAACCCAUAGGUGAAGGGGGGGUAUUUCCAUUUUCAAUUGCCACUGUCAUUUUGUUUUAACCCUUCAGCUCUCAAGAUCUCAUAUUAGCAAUUCUCCUCACUGUUUGCUAAACAAUUCUUGUAAUAUUAGUUUGGAGAAUUUGGUAUUGGAUCAACUCACGAUCCCCUUGUUCAUAUUUUUCUCUAUUCUCUACACUCGUCUGCUUGAUAUUGUAUUGAAGUUGUAGGGAGAAAUUCUGUCUUGGUCACUCAUAGAAGCAAAAGGAUUAAUGCUCCACUAGCCUGGGAAGGGAACUUGUUGUGUAACAUUUAAAACUGCAUCUAUGAAGGAGACCAAAACAUUUACAGCCUAGUCAUGACUUACGCAGGUGUAAAAGAUUCUAAUCAGCACACACAAACAAGGAUUGGCUGCUGGGUAAACUAAGCAUUGAAAAGUUCCCUUUUUAAUAAUAGGUUUAGGUUUAUUCAAAAUUAUCAGUUCUAGAAGUCUGUUCUACUAACUUAAAACAGACUCCCCUAAACAGAUGUCAACAACUACCCGCCCAUACAAACGACUCAUUCACGACAUAAACAUCACAAAC